UUUAGGAGCAGGGAGCUCCCGCUAGUCAGUUUAGGACGGUGUAGCGUUCGUCGUUUGUUUAUAUGUCUACUGCGCGAUCGUUGCGGUGAUAUAACCGAUGUUUCUUUGUUUUUCCGGGGCUGACUAUCCGUGAUUCGCUGCAUUUACCUAAAUCGAAAGUGCCAAUAUGGAUAGCUGUAAAAUUAUAAGUCAACAGAACCUGAAGUAUUUGCCAAAGAGGCCGCCCGUAAAUAUCGAGUUUCAAGACUUGACUUACAACGUUCCACAUGGUAGAAAAGGAUCGAAGAUGAUUUUGAGGAGCGUAAGCGGCGAAUUCAGGUCAGGUCAACUUAAUGCCAUCUUGGGGCCGUCUGGUGCUGGAAAAAGUACCUUACUUAAUAUUCUAGCCGGAUAUAAAUGUCGUGGUGCUACCGGUUCCGUCUUAAUAAAUGGCGAACCUAGAAACCUCAAACAAUUCCGAAAAAUGUCAAGGUACAUAAUGCAAGACGAUCUCAUGCAACCCAUGUUGACCGUAGAUGAAGCCAUGUUGGUCGCUGCAAAUCUGAAAUUGGGCAGGAACUUGAGCCACACUGACAAAAUGAAUGCGAUUAUGGAAAUUUUGGAGCUGCUGAGGCUGUCAGGGACACGAAAAACUCCGACCAAUUUGUUGUCAGGUGGCGAAAGAAAGCGGUUAUCUAUAGCUUUGGAACUGCUAAACAAUCCACCAGUACUUUUCCUAGAUGAACCAACAACUGGCUUGGAUGACUUGUCUUGUUCACAGUGCAUAUCCUUGUUGAAACAGAUUGCCGAUGGAGGAAGGACUGUUAUAUGUUCCAUACACACGCCCAGCGCUAAGUUAUUUUCCGUGUUUGAUAAUGUUUACAUUAUUGCAGCCGGGCAAUGUGUGUAUCAAGGUUAUGGUCCAGAAGUAGUACCAUUCUUGUCUAAUUUGGGAGUGGAAUGUCCUAAACAUUACAAUCCUGCAGACUUUAUUAUAGAAGUCUGUUGCAUGGAGUAUGGAGACUACCACGACCGCAUGGUUGCUGCUGUAGACAACGGCCGUAUUAACUGUAAUAAUUUAUGUAGACUAGCUAGUAUGGAAGAAGUUUCCUUGGAUAAUAGCAUAUCGUCAAUUAAAGAGGACCCGCUCUUGUCCGAACAAAAUUUUAACCACGAAUCUGGGUGGUUAAGGCAAUUUUACAUUUUAAUUAUGAGGAUGUGGUUACAGAUGUGGAGAGAUAAGUGUUAUUUACUUCUCAGGGUAAUUCUGUACAUAGCGAUAGGAAUUCUUAUAGGUAACUUGUACAUAGGAAUGGGUCAGGAUGGUUCUAAAACAAUAUUCAAUUUCGGAUUUUAUUUCACCUGCCUUAUCUUCUUCAUGUAUAUUCCAAUGAUGCCAAUUUUAUCACAAUUUCCCAGAGAAGUUCAACUGGUGAAGAGAGAGCAUUUCAAUAAAUGGUACAGACUGAGCGCCUAUUUUGCUGCGUUAACUUUUUCCACGAUUCCUAUACAGGUUUUGUUAGGAACAUUGUAUGUGGUGCUGGUGUGCGUGCUGUCGGACCAACCCAUGGAACUAGACAGAUUGCUUAUGUUCUAUCUGGUUUGCAUGUUAACUGGUGUAAUUUCGGAAAGUUUAGGAUUGCUCAUUGGUUCUCAGCUGACUAUAGUCAAUGCCAUGUUUGUCGGUCCUGUUGUCACAGUACCAAUAAUGCUCUUGGCAGUCUAUGGAUUUGGAUCUGGAUACGACACAGUACCUACCUUAAUAAAAAUUGCCAUGUACUUCAGCUAUCUCCGUUACUCCCUCGAAGGACUCAUACACUCCAUGCUGCAAGGCAGAAAGAAACUGGAUUGUCCCGAAUCUGAGGACUUCUGCAUUUAUACGGACCUGCAGUUCUUUGUCAAGGAAAUGGGCAUGGAAAACACCGUUUAUUGGUUGGACAUCGCAGCUUUAGUCUUUAUCUAUAUCCUGUUCAGAGGAGGGAGUUAUUAUCUGCUGAGACAAAGACUUUGUCCCAGUAAGACUUUCUUGGCGUUACAGUAUAUCGGAAGAUUCGUUAAGUCGCAUUUUGGAAUGUCGCGGUGAUAUUAGAAUAAGUGUAUUUAUUUUAGUACUUACAGGAUAGUAUGUUAUUAUCAUUCUCAUCUAAAAUCUAUUAUUUACUUGCAAGUUAUUGCGUGAACGACUGAUAAAUAGCAAAGCAGGGUACUUUAAAACAAUGUCAAUUUUUGGCGUCUGCCUGUUGCUGUUUAUGGUGCCUUUGUGCAAAUUAAUCGUAUUAAUGAAAUUUUUUGUUUGUUGGUUUGUGAAAUGCAAAUUAUUAAGUUACAAUAAAAAUUGUUUAUAAGUA